UUAACCAAAACAAAACGGAAAAAAACCAACUGUGCUCAGCUCUCUCAGUUUCUCUCCCCGGCGGUUCGGCCUCCUCUCUCCCAGUCUCUCUUCUCCGCCGUCGCUGUCCACUCCUAGCUCGUUAUAGCGCCGCCCUCAGCAUUGAGAAUAUACUGGCUACUGGUUUGAAGAAUUAGCCUUUGGCCCCCAAGUAUGCAUGUUAUUGUCUCAGUUCAGACGGUGUUUUACAAUGAAUGUUCAUUGCUUCCAGAAGAGUUUCUCUUUCGCCUCAUCCCCUUUGGUCCCAUUACAGCUUCCAUCUCCAACGGAAACCCAUUUUUGGUAUGUUUUACCUGAUGAAGUACGGAGUCAAAGCCUUAUGAAUCAGUACUUGGAGAUUUUAUCACCAUGUGAGAAAGAUAACGUUGUGAGUAUGAGUGGGGAUCAGCUCAGGAAAAAUGCUGUGCUUGCUCGAGCUUUGGUUCGCACUACUAUUGCUAGAUAUACCAAUUCUCACGUUAGUCCAGAAUCCUUGAAGUUCAGGAAAAACAGUUAUGGGAAGCCUGAGGUAGACUGGCAAACCGCUGAUUGGCAACCACCACCAUUGCAUUUCAAUAUCUCGCACACUUCUUCUUUAAUAGCUUGUGGUGUAACUGCAGAUGUGCCUAUUGGUAUUGAUGUUGAAGAGAAGAAGCGGAAAAUAAAGAAUAGUGUCUUAGCUUUUGCUCGGAGGUACUUUUCUUCUCAUGAACUGGAGCAUUUGGCUGCUAUUACAGAUCCUGAAAUCCAGCGUCAGGAGUUUAUAAAGCUUUGGACUCUUAAGGAGGCAUAUGUUAAAGCCUUGGGGAGAGGUUUCUCAGCUGCCCCAUUUAACACCUUCACCAUUCUAUUUAGACCUGCUAUAACUAAAGAAGAAGGCCACCUUUUAAAGGGUUCCGAUAAUAAGGUACCUGAUAUUGCUGUUGAGCCUGUUUAUAAUCUCAGUACUCUGACAAGUAAUUGCCAGUUUGCACUUCUGGAGUUGGCUGGUUCUCAUUAUGCUGCUAUUUGCAUGGAAACGGCCAAAACCAUUGAAGGGAAUCCAAUGAAAGUGAUAGUAAGGAGAACAAUUCCACUUUUUGAAGAUGAAGAAAUCACUCAAUUGUAACGAUUGAUGAAUUGGCUUGAUUAUUUUGGAUGAUCAUAUUCAUUGGACACUGAUAUUAGGGGCAAAAAUGUUUGGUCUCAUUGUAAUUGUGACUUGUUUUCGUUUAUUUUAAAACGGAUUCAUUUAUAUAUAAAAAAAAAUUAUUGUAUUGCUCCCCA